AAUGGAGAGAAACUUAAAUCAAUCUCACUGAAAUCAGGGACAAGGCAAGGCUGCCUACUCUCUCCAUAGCUCUUCAACAUUGUACUUGAAGUCUUAGCUAGAGCAAUAAGACAACUAAAGGAGAUCAAGGGGAUAUAAAUCAGAAAGGAAGAUGUCAAAAAUAUCAAAAACAUGUCUACCAGAUUUGGAAAGGAAAGAGAACAACUUGAGAUUGCUAUUGAUCGUGUUAUUGUCACAAUAUCGGAAAGAAGAUCGGCACGUAGUCUACAUGGCACUAUUGAACAGCCACUUCAUAGCGUUCUUACAGCUACCCUUGAUCUGGUUAAUAUUGUCAGCAUGAUAUUAAACAUUCUGGAAAGGCCACCAUUUGAUUGCAUGUCAGAAUUUUCCAGUCUGAAAAAUCAUCUCACUAAAAAUAUCAUAUUACUGAGAUAUUUCUCUGAACAGUCUGAUCUUAACUAUGAAAAUGAAUCUGAUUUAAUAAAUGCGUGCAAGGGUGUGAAUAAAAUGUGUCACUAUAUACUUGCUUUACCACCUGAUUUUCCUAAACCAGAAACACAAGUUCCAGGAUAUGUUCCCUGUGAAGAGAGGCCACUUAGGUUGCAAGUGCCAAUUACAACUGAACCUGAAGCAAUGAGUUCUUCAGUGAAACGUAAACCUGAUUAUAUUCCACUCAUUCAACAUGUAUCAGUUCCAGUAACUACAACCAUCUUUUCAUAUGGAGCUCCCAUACAAUAUGCAUCACUUCCAAAUCAAAGAGUACCUGAGAGUUAUUCACCUUCACAAAGAGUUGAUAGUCCAAGUGAUGAAGAAGCAAUUACACUGGAACAUGAUAAAGAAAACAAAUCAGAAAAAGAAAAUCCUGAUGCAGAUGCAUCUGAAACUCUAGGUGGUUCUUUUUAUAAAACUCUACAAGACCUGACAAUAAUUGAAAGUGGUACUCCUCUUAUAGACUCUGGUUCUGAACGAUGUGUGAUUGAUUCUGACUCUGACAGAGGUAUUGUCUCAGAUUUUGAAUUAGAUAAACAAUCUCUUGACUCUGGAUCAGUAAUAUUGGGAGUAGACUCUGACUCAGAAAAAUCUCCUAGGGAUUCAGACUCUAGAAAACAGCUGUUUAAAGCAGGAACAUAUCCGGUGGAUUCAGUCUCUGUUGAAGACUUGACCCAAACUGGGGAACCCCUGGUGAGAAUUGAACAGUACCAGGUGGAACCAGGAUCUCUGAAAGACUGGGUGGCCUCAGGCUCAGAAAAGUUCCUGGAAGAUUUUGACUCUGAAAGGUACUCUGACUCUGACAGUGAAAGGAAGAAAGAAGAAAGACAGCAAAUGGCUUCAGAUUCUAUAAAACGAAUGAUGGAAUCUGAAGAAACAAUGAUGGAAAGUGAAUAUUUUUGGAUGAUUUCUGAUACUGAAAGUUAUUCAGUGCACCCAUACAAAAGAAAGGAUAGAGCACCAAAAGCUAAGGUACAUCUGAUACACGUUGACAAAACAAAAAAAACAAGAUUUAAGAGGUAUAUGAUGGACUCUGACUCUGACCCAAGUGAUGUGGACUCAGAUUCAGAAAGAUCUGAGUUAGCUUCAGAAGCUGUAAAGUGUUUCAUGGAUACAAAAACAUUUCAACAGAGCACUGCUAACAAAAACUUUCCAAAGGAUUCUUGGUCUGAAAGAAGAACAGUGAACUCAGACUCUGAAAGCCCUGUGAUAUCCUCUGAUUCUGUGAAGCACAUGAAGAAGGCUGAAACAUGUCAAAGUACCUGUAAUUUGGAAAGACUCAAGGAGGCACCUAGGUCUGAGUCUCCACAGCACUGGCUAGAUGUUAAAAGAAAACAAUCAGAUUCUGAUCAUGAAGGACACUGGGACAGCUCUGGAAAAUAUCAGUUUAGGUCUAUAACACCUCAAGAUAGCUUUGGAAAAUGUCAGGAUGACCUUCAAACAUUUCAGAGCUUCACUGAAAAAGAUCAAGUAGGCUCGAGAUCUGAAAUACAUCAGACACAAUCUGGAAAUGAAAGACAUCAAAAUGAACCUGAAAGUAAAAGACACCUCAUAAAGACUGAGAAGGGAUUAGACAAUGAGGGGUUUCAAAUGGAUAAGGAAAGAGAAGGACAUCUCUUGGCAUCUGACUACCGUGAUUCAGAAAAUGAAAUACAUCGUCUCGGUGCUCGCAGAAAGGAUAAUCGUCCUCCAGGUUUUUGGAGGCCAGUUAUCCUUCCUCUUAAGUUUGACCAUGAAAAGAAAACUGAAGAGCGAAAGUCUGUACAGCAAAAAGACAAAAGAGUUGGCAGAAUUCAGACAAGACACAAGAGUGAAGACAAAGCUGUGAGAUUCAAAGAGGCAUCUUUACGUCUCAGUGACAAACACAGUUGUAGGUUUUCUCCAGACUCUCACACUUUCACAGGUGAAAAAUAUCACAGAAAACCCAGCUGGAAAAUGUCUGUCCAUAAGCACCAUCGCAAGGAGUAUAGAUAUGCCCAUAGUUAUGAGAGUACCGUUCCUCUACGUUCUGAGACUUGCACCUCUAAUGUUGUUUGCAGCCCAACUUCCAAGAAUCCUAAGUCUGUCACAAGGCAGAAGACUCAAAGAAGUAUUACAUUUUCUUCGGAUGAGGGAACUCAAAGAUGUACCAGAUGUUUUAUGGAAAUCAGUAACUCUUCUUUUCAUAAAUGCUCCACAAAUUCUGAUGACUCUGACUCUGAUUCUCCUUUCCAUGGCCAGAUAUCCUCAGAUUCUAAAUAUUCCCUGAGGUCUAAAACUGUUAGACACUUCAAGACUUCUCGAAAUCGCCCUUUAUCUCAAUCCCUGGAUCCUAAGCAUAUUGUAGGCAUCCGCUGCUCUCUGCACAGGGAAGAUGAUAAAGAUUCUAUGGAUCCCAGCUCUUAUUUACAUUGUGAAAAUUUUUCAGCUCUCCAAAGCUUUAAGGGCUCUUCUGCUACCCAGAUUAUACCUAUGGACACUAAAAAAAUUGUGGGCCAACAUAGUAUCCAGGGCCAUGUAACGUCAACGCCAGUAAGAUUAUCUCAAAGUGGAAGCAAGUUUAACCUUACUACCCAACCUCAAAAUAAGGAUAAUCCUGAUGACAGUGAUAUUAAAUUUAUCAGUGCUAGACAUAUCAAAGAUGAGGCUGAUAUUAAAGAUUUACUUCUGUCCAAAGAUGAGACAGACAAUGAAGAUGAUACAAAUACUGAAGAUGAAACAGAUGCUGAAGAUGAAACAGAUGCUGAAGAUGAAACAGAUGCUGAAGAUGAAACAGAUACUGAAGAUGAAACAGACACUGAAGAUGAAGAUGACACCAAAGAUAAGAAAGAUCCCAAAGACAAAUCUGACCCUGAUGGCAGUGAUCCUACAGAUGGCAACUCUGAAAAUAAUACUGACAGCAACAAUGGGUCUGCUCCUAGUGGUGCUUCUGGGUCUACAAGUGGACCUGAUUCCAGCAGUGAUGGUGGGGACUUUAAAAAUGUAACUGAUAACAACAAUGAAUCUGACCCUACUAUCGAUAAUGCCACCAAUAGUGAUGUUAAUUUGAAAACUAGCACUGAUGAGAUAUGUACUGAAAAUUUAGACAAUGCUUCUGAUCAGGCACAGUAUUUCAGUCAAUACAGUAAUGCUGACUCCAACGGUAGCACAAACCCAACCUCUGGCUCUGGAAACAAGAAGAGAACUGUGCUGGACUGUAUUUCUGGUUGCAACAAUGACACUAGCCCUAGAAAUGCCACUGAACAAGGAAAUAAUAUUUACUCUGAGAUUAUCAGAUCACUUUCCAACAGUCCUUUCUUCAUCAAAAAUGAGAGUCAUCCUAUCAGCAACCCCAGCCUCCAAAACAGCCAUGGACCCCCAAAAGAUCUUGACACUACCUCUAAUACUAAACCCAGUAGUGCUACUCAUCAUAAUGUUGUUAUUCCUAACAAUAUUGUUCACACUAACUAUGGCACAAAACCCAAUAGUAUUCCUAUUUCCAAACAUACAACAUCCCUAAACAAUUAUUCAGACCUUAAUGAUGUCAGAGGGUUUACAUAUGAAGUAAGUUCAAGUUUUGUAGUCAACCCAUACUAUUUUGACAGAAAAAAAUAUGCUGUGAGACUCAAAUUCAUACUUAACACUAUCAAUGCCAUUGAUACUAGCAACAUUACCAGCUGUACAAGUGCUAUCAGCUCUCAGUUUACUUCUGGAAAAAACUAUGCCCCAGACAUUAAACAUCACCCUAGAUUUAGUCAUUUUGAUAGUUUCAACAUUAUCAUCAAUGCUAAUAAUUCUACUAGUACCAGCACUGUUAACCAUUUCCUGGAUACUGAAUCAGAAAUGAAUUCCACACCAUCUAUUUUUAAAAUUGUUUAUGGAAGUAUCUCAAAUUUUAUUUCUAGUACAAAUUACACUUAUCCUGACUUUUUUAUAACCUCUGAAUUUUAUGAUCCUCUUAAGCUUGGUAGAGAUUAUACUAUCUUUGAUAACCAAAAUAUUAGUGCUUUGUUCCAAGACUCUGCUGAAUACAUGGACUCUGAUAAUUCUAAGUAUGCCACUGGGUCCACGGAUGCCCUUGAUGCCGAAGAUAUUUCUAGGGUCCAGAAUCCAAUUGUCAUCAAGGAUCCUUCCCCUUUCAAGAUUCUUUCCAGUCAAAGUAUUCCACUACCUAGUUUUGAUGUUAUAAUGGAAGCUGACCUGCCAGAUAUUGUGAAGUUUGUCAUUCCAUCAGGUGCUGCAAAUCAAUCAUUUAAGAUGUGUGAUAAUUACAGUGGUACUUCAAGAGCAGAAGGGCCAUCUUUGGCAGUACCUAAGAGAGAAAUUACUAAAAGAUCUUCUGAAGUUUGGAAAUCAGCAGAGAGACCUUCUUGGGGACCUGAAGAACGACAACUUGUCAGAUUUCAAAGAGGCUAUGUUAUAAAUCCUGCUAGAGAUCUUGCUGAGAGGUCAGGGCAAGGACUCACAACAAUUUCUGCCAGGCGCCAUUAUGUGAGCCCUGCAAGAGCAUACUCUGAGAAAUGUGGUAGAGAAUAUGCCAUCAGUCUUGCGAGAGGAUACACUAAGAGAAAAGCAAGGCCAAGAGUCUUGAGUCCUUACAGAAUGCAUACUGUGAAUUCUGCACAGGAAGUUACUCUGCAACCAGUAUGCAGACUUUCCAUGAGACAUGAAGAAGAAUUUCUUCUGGGAGCUGCAGUGGGACUUACUGUGAAAUCAGUACAAGGAUAUGAUGAAAAAACUGUCAGACAACCUACCCGGACUAGUCACGAUGAUGAUGAUGAAAAUGCAAGUGGCUCCUCAAUCAUAAUGGACAUCAAGGCUCUUGGUUUCAUAUACCUACCAGAAUUCCGAAUUGACUUAGCUCCACAUUGCAGAAGAGACCAGGCUUUCCAAGCCACCCAUACAAUAAUCAAGGAUUUCUACGUUGCUGGCACAUGCUUGAAUGAGAUGAAUUAUUGGUUUUGUCAGAUGUUACAGUUAACAUUUGGUUCCUCCAUUGGAGAUGCAGCUGCUAAUUCAGCAUACAAAAGUGUGAGUGCUCUGAUUUGUGCAAAACGUGUUAAGGGUUUGAAGAGCAACUUCCCUGUGAUUUGGUAUGGCUACUGCCAAGAAGCAACUACUAUUGUUUCAAUGAAUCCGAACUUCCAAUACAGACAUGCUCAAAAUAUUUCUGAUGAGUUCACUCAUUUCUGCCCUACUACUGUGGAAAAUUGGGAAAGGGCCAGAAAACCAAAACAAAAUCCAACUUUUCCCUCACAGCAACCGACCCUAGAAGGUCAGAGGGAUAUGGGGCUUAUGAGUCAGGCAGUGAUGGUUACUACUCCCCAGCUAACUAAGAAGUUAGAAAGCACUGUCCUUGUAAAGCCAAAACCUUCAGCACUUCUUCGCAUAGAGAAAGUACAGGUUAAGUCACCAGGCGGUCCAGAAUUUCAACGGUUAGAUGUUACUAGAAUUGUCAGUCCAGAAGAAAAGGGAAAUGGCACCGAAAUACUGGUUGCUGGUGUGCCUGUAAAAGAGGAGCAAGAUGAUACAGAAAUUCCAACUUUGCAAUUCACUGGGUUUGUACACCUGGAGACUUUAAUAAAGAAAUGUUCACUAUCCUCACAAUACACUCGCCCAGGAACCCCAAGAAAUAUAUGGAUGGAAUCUUCAAAAAAUACAGAGUCCCUAGAAAGUGCUGAUAUGGAAGUUGCAAGAAUCAUGUGUCCUUUUAGAGAAAGAUCCAUCUUUCGGCGUUCCUGUAGAGAGCAAUUAGAAGCACCUGCAAACAGUAAGGGGCUCCAUAUUCUCCCAGCUGUCCCCAAAAAUGAAAAUAAAGAUAUGGCUGUCAACAAACUAACAUCAGAGGAAGAGAAUGAAGUAACCAUCCGUCCUAAGAAGCAACAUUUCCAGGCUUUGCAAGGCCCUUUCCCCUUGUUACCAAAGCACCGUAAGCUCCAGGUACAUUGCCGUCGAAGCUCACCAAAAUACAGUGAAGUCCGAGGCCAAUACUUAAAUACACCUGAAUUUGAAGUAAAGGCAAAAAAACCUCACUUCUAGCCAGGUGAUAGGAAUUUAUUAUCAGAAGUUUUUGUAUGA